AUGCCUCUCAUCGCCCGUAGCCAGACCAUCCGCGCAUCGUCUCAAUCGUCUCAGUCGUCUCAGUCGUCUCAAAGCAUUUCGAAACAGCCGCUUCAACGGAGAAACAGCAUCAGCAGCAACAUCAGCAUCAGCACAAACAAAAGUAACAACACUGACGAGGAACCCUCCACUAGGCAGGCUAUUCAGAUUAACCUCCCGCUUGUGCUGCCUCCGCCCUUCGAUCGUCAGCUGCUCUCUCUCUGCUUCCAUUCGUCCUGGCGUACUCGCUGCCGCUUGCGCAUUCAUUUCAGUGACCGCAGCGAGGUUCUUCUCGACGAUGGCUCUGAAGAUGUCGACUCAGUCAGUGAUUCUUCCAGCGAUGCUUCCAGCAUCGAGUCCGACCCUGAAAAUUAUCAUGCUUCCCUCACAGUCGUUACAUAUGAUCCCAUCGCCAUCCCCGUUGCCGUCCAAUUGCGCACCGUCUCGAGCUGGUUUCUUCGCAUCACUAUCAUUGUCUUCGUUGCUGCCGUUAGCUGCCUCGCCUUCUUCGUCACCUCCAUCCGACCCUACUCAUCGUACCCUCUAUCGCCUUCUCUAUCACGUCCCAUCACCCUUCGCAACCUUACUGUCGUCAUUCAGCCCUACGCACAACUUGUCCGCCUCCUCAGCCAGCCCAUCAACCCCAUUCCCGCCAUCCAGCGCGAAUUCUCUGAGCUCUGUAUUACUGCCCAUGCGCUAGCCGACCUUGAACCCGAUCCAUGCCAUCGCAUCGUCGACCUCUUUGAUACAGCGAAUUACCCCCUCACGAAACUGUUUGUCGGCCUUCGUACACACGGACCCGGGAAUCCCGUCUCCGCGCUGCGAGACAACCUCAUCCUCAUGGCAUGGAACAUCGAACAGCAGAAGAAGCAGCAGCAACAGCAGCGGGAGCAACCCGAAAGCAACGUAGGUCACGGCGGCACAUGGAACAAGACGGCCGAGGGCGUCUUCUCCGCCGUGACAUCGCAGGUGCCCAACUGGUGGGAAGAUCAUAACGCCCUCGCCGUGCCUUUGCAAAUAGCUCUGAAGUCUCUGAUCGAGGCCCGUAAUCUUGAAGGCAGCCUACUGGCAGCAUUUGAAACGGCCAUUAGCAAUACGGACCGAAAUGCCUUGUAA